AGUAAUUUGGCUUAACGUGUCUUGCCUCUUCCUAAGGCACAAGUCUCUGUUGCUGUGGAUCAAAAAUUCAUCCAGCUGCAACAGGAUGUUUAAAAAAGUCGCCCAAUCCAUAGUGAAACAAAUGGAUCCAGAUGGAGACCUGGUCCCAGUUCGCAGCUUGUUGGACCAUGAACAUUUCAGACCCCUGUGCCUAGUGAGAAGAAAGAAACAAACCGUGUUCCAGCGAUCUCCCCGCUACAAACAGACAUGGUACAGACUGGAGGACGUGCUGCUGCCUGGACAGGAUGGUAAAAGCUCAGAGUCUCUCAUUCCCAGUGGAGGUGAACAAGACUCAAAGCAAUUUCUAAUCAAAAGGAGUGGCACUGACAGAAUUGAUGGGAGUCUCACCGUUCCUGUUGACCCCAUAAGAGCGGAACUGAAAGGAGCUGCAUCCUCGGCCAACGAGUGGUCCGUCAAGCUGCAGAAGAAACACAUACCACCACCAAAACUUGAGGCACUGAAAACAGAAAGGAAAAUUAAUACAAAUCACGCCUUCAUUCAACAACUACAGAAAACAGGGCAGAGUUUGUAUGUGGUUCAUGAGACCAUAGAAACCCUGGAGGAGACCAGCUAUCAGGAAACCUCUGAGGCAGGCGGCAACUUCAUGGCCCAGUUUUACGUCAAGUUCUGUGCCAAGGGCACCAGAGGGAACAAACAAAGCAUAACCAUACCCAAAGGCUGCACCCUGGCCUUCAAGGCAUUCCAGAUGGCCAUUUCAGAUGCAAAGUGGGAUUUGGGCUCGUUCUGCUUUUCAGAUGUCCUGGAAGGAACAUUAGGAGCACUGGAGGCAGAAGUCAAAAGGAACUGUCACAUUUUCUCCACGUUGUCUUCUCAGCUGUCCUUCAUCUUAUUAAAAGCCAUCAAAGCUGUGAUGGGAGACAGCAACCUCUUCCAAGAGCUGAGCCACAAAGUGGAAGCAGUCCUUGAUGAAGGUGACAAGGGCCAGCUGAAAACAGAAAGCGCAGCCUUAAAUGACUUGCUGAGGCUAUUGCAACAAUCCUCAACAAACAUUCUCCACCGCAUGGCAGCAGCCAUCACCUACACCCUUGAUGCUUUAGAAGAGCUCAGUGAGGAUCAGCUCCUGCUGCUGCUCGAGUCCUUGGAAAACAAGAUCGUGUCCCAACAGCUUAAGCUGGUUGAGAGCAUCUUGAAACAGAGAGAAUAUGGGAAGGGGUUCGGCACAGACCCCAGCUUGCUCUCCUUCUCCCGAGAGAGGGACCACCAACUAACCAUCGCAAUGAUGGAGAUGAGCGGGGUGAAGCUCCAUGAGGACGGAUCUGCUGCUUGCACAAAAGAAGCCUCCUUAGCCAUAGGAGCCCUGUACGUGUCUCUGUAUGUCCUCAAUCUCCUGAGUAACCCCUGUUAGGUUACACAGCCCUCCCAUGUGCGAUGAUUUAAUCACUUCACAAUGUAUUGGGAAGUCUCUUAGCACAAGCCAGCUUCUUUCUACAAGUUUCAUCCCUGCGUAGGUGAGGCUCUCGCACUGCUUUGAAAUGAGUGGCAAAGGAAAAGAGCUGGGGCUGCCCCAUCCCUGGCAGUGCUCAAGGCCAGGUUGGACACAGGGGCUUGGAGCAAGCUGCUGCAGUGGAAGGGGUCCCUGCCUGUGGCAGGGGUUGGAGCUGGAUCAGCUUUAAGGUCCCUUCCAACCCAAACCACUCAAGAACUCUAAAAGCAAACCUAAGGCAAGAAAACUCCUUAUGGAAGCCAGAUCCCAAACCUGCUUUUCCUUUCCUUCCACAUGAAGGCCAAAUGCCAACUGCAAACCCUGCUAGCCCAAGUGACC